GGUGCUGACAGGGCGGGGCCGCUGCGCGGCUCUGCCGGCCUCACCCCCUCCCGCCCCGGACAGGUGGCUGGAGCGCGCCCCGCCCCCGCCAGCUGCGGGUGGGAGCGAGCGAGAGCCAGUCCCGGACGGCCGGGCGAAGAGUCCGGCAGCGGCAAAAGAGUAUCGUGGCGGCCAAAAAAAUGCUCCUGUACCGAGGGGCCCCCGCGGGCCCUGGCGCGCCGGGUAGCGCGCUGGCCAGGCCGGGCGGCGGCCCGCAGGCCUUUGGGAUCCGUUUGAGCACGAUGAGCCCUCGCUACCUACAGAGCAACUCCAGCAGCCACACGCGACCCUUCAGUGCCAUCGCGGAGCUGCUAGAUAAUGCUGUAGAUCCAGAUGUAUCCGCCAGGACGGUCUUUAUAGAUGUUGAGGAGGUCAAGAAUAAAACUUGUUUGACCUUUACUGAUGAUGGAUGUGGGAUGACACCUCAUAAACUACACCGAAUGCUCAGCUUUGGCUUUACAGAUAAAGUCAUAAAGAAGAGCCAGUGUCCCAUCGGAGUCUUUGGUAAUGGUUUCAAGUCAGGCUCCAUGCGGCUAGGAAAGGAUGCUCUUGUCUUCACCAAGAACGGGAGCACUCUCACUGUUGGACUCCUAUCACAGACAUACCUGGAAUGUGUCCAGGCCCAAGCAGUUAUUGUACCAAUUGUUCCAUUCAACCAGCAAAACAAAAAAAUGAUUAUUACUGAGGAUUCUUUGCCCAGCCUAGAAGCCAUCUUGAACUAUUCAGUUUUCAACAGUGAAAAUGACCUGCUGUCCCAGUUUGAUGCCAUCCCAGGCAAAAAAGGCACUCGUGUUCUCAUUUGGAACAUCCGCAGAAAUAAAGAUGGAAAGUCUGAGUUGGACUUUGAUACAGAUCAGUAUGAUAUCCUGGUAACAGACUUUGGCACAGAUGAAAAAGAGACUGGUGGCGUUUCCUCUGAGCUGCCAGAAACAGAGUACUCAUUACGGGCAUUUUGUGGCAUUCUAUACAUGAAGCCACGAGUGAAAAUUUUUCUGCGUCAAAAGAAGGUGACUACCCAGAUGAUUGCCAAGAGCCUGGCCAAUGUAGGAUAUGAUAUAUAUAAACCUACCUUCACAAAUAAGCAGGUGAAAAUAACUUUUGGGUUCUCUUGCAAGAAUAAUAACCAGUUUGGAGUAAUGAUGUAUCAUAACAACCGCCUCAUAAAGUCUUUUGAGAAGGUGGGGUGCCAGGUGAAGCCAACUCAUGGAGAAGGUGUGGGAGUAAUUGGAGUCAUUGAGUGCAAUUUCUUAAAACCUGCCUACAAUAAACAAGACUUUGAAUACACCAAGGAGUACCGGUUGACAGUAAAUGCCCUUGCCCAGAAGCUCAAUGCUUAUUGGAAGGAAAAGACCUCCCAAGAGAAUUUGGAGACCUCAGCCAUAGUCAGUCCAAUACCGAAGAUUCCUGACCAGACAUGGGUACAGUGUGAUGAGUGUCUGAAAUGGAGGAGGCUUCCUGGCAAGGUUGAUCCAUCCACAUUACCUGCAAGAUGGUUUUGCUACUAUAAUUCCCACCCAAAGUACAGGAGGUGCUCUGUUCCAGAGGAACAAGAACUCAUUGAUGAAGACCUGUACUUGAGCAGAGCUAAGAAACAAGAUCAAACUGUUGAGAAGAAGAAGGUACCAACAGAAAACGAGAGCCACCAGGUAUUCACUAAUCCGCUGAAGAUCCCUUCUAUUCAAGAUAUGGAUGACUUGAAUAACAAGAUGACUGGGUAUGAGGGAAUUGAUAGCCCCAGCCAGCUUUCAUCUGUUGGAGAAGAAAGCAGAACAUCUUCUCUUCAACUUAAGCCUCUGGAUUCCAGCAUUUUUCAGUUCUCCAGCAAGUACAAAUGGAUCCUAGGUGAGGAACCUGUGGAGAAACGAAGAAGGCUCCAGAAUGAGAUGACAACACCUCCUCUAGAUCAUUCCAUGCCUGGCCCUUACAGGAGGGUGGAGGCAGCAGUUGCCUACCCAGAAGGGGAGAACAGCCAUGAGAAGUCCAGUUCUGAGAGAAGCACACCACCUUACCUUUCCCCAGAAUACCCAGAAGCAAUCAAGAGUACCAGUCAGAGUAGAGAGGUCUCAGUCCUGUAUUCAGGGGCCCAGGACCAACACCAGGGUUCCUUGCUCCCUGAAGAGUUAGAUCAAAUGCCACGAUUGGUGGCAGAAGAGUCUAACAGAGGCAACACACGUGUAAACAAGGAUGAAGUGAGCAAGGGACCUUUUGUAGCUGUUGUCGGUGUUGCAAAAAGUAUUAGAGAUUCGGGAGCUCCCAUUCAGCUGAUCCCUUUUAACAGAGAGGAGCUUGCUGAGAGGAGAAAAGCAGCUGAAUCCUUGAAUCCGGUGCCUUAUUCUUCUGUGGCCUCUGCUCCAACUCCUGCUGCAGCUGUUGCAGAGAAAGGAAGAGGCUACAAGGAGAACGGCGGUCGGAAUAUACCAAAGAUGAAGAACCAAAGAGAGCUAGAAGAACUGAAGAGAACCGCAGAAAAAUUGGAACGUGUUUUGGCAGAAAGGAAUAUGUUCCAGCAAAAGGUGGAAGAGCUGGAACAGGAGAGGAAUCAUUGGCAUUCCAAAUUCAAGAAAGUCCAACAUGAAUUGGUGACCUAUAGUACCCAGGAGACGGAAGGCUUGUAUUGGAGCAAGAAACACAUGGGCUAUCGCCAAGCUGAAUUCCAGAUUCUGAAAGCUGAGCUGGAGAGAACCAAAGAGGAGAAGCAGGAACUAAAAGAGAAACUGAAAGAAAUAGAGAGACACCUGGAAGUGCUGCAGAAGACUCAGGUCUCCUACCGGACCCCAGAGGGAGAUGACCUAGAAAGGGCUUUGGCAAAGCUUACGCGACUGCGUAUCCACGUCAGCUAUCUCCUUACUUCUGUCCUCCCUCACUUGGAGCUUCGUGAGAUCGGGUUUGACUCAGAACAAGUGGAUGGGAUCCUGUAUACAGUGCUGGAGGCAAAUCACAUACUGGAUUGAGCACCAGAUACUCUAUAUCCCCUUCUCUACCCUCUCCUUUCCUCCCUCCCUCUCACACACUUCUCUCCCUCCCUCUCUUGCUCACUCUCUCUCUCUCUCAUCUUAUCCCUUACAAGGAGAAUCUUGGAGUAAUCCUGGUUCUUAAUCAGUCUGCUUUUUACACAGUCUUGGUGUAGAAAAAGAGGCUUAAUAGACUUGAAGAGUUCCAGGAACAGAAAAGCAGUCGUCACCAAACCAGGUGACCAGAGAGCUUUAACUUUAAUGACUCAGAUACUUGGCUUGUUUCAUAUUCUUUCUGAUAUGAUUUGUAUUCAUUUAACUUAAAUCAGUCAGCAAAUAUUGGGUCCAAUGUACCAGGUGUUUGGGGAUGAGUGAAGAAGUAUAACUCAUAGUUUCAGCCUUCAAGGACCUAACAUUCUAGUUGGAAACACAAGACCCACACCAAGUUAACUGACUUGUACAAAUGAGUGGAACAAACAUGAUAGAGAAGUUCUGGAGAAGGAAGGGCAAGGAAGGCAUCAUGUCAGAAAUGGGACCUUAGCUAAGGUUUGUUUAAAGAAUAGGCAUGACAGCAAUGUUAACAGUGGUUGGUCUUUACAUGGUAGGACUAUGGUUGACAUUUUUUUCUUCUUCCUGUCUUCCUACCUCUUUCAAAUUUUCUAUUAUAAACCUGUUAUUCUUCUUAAAUUGGAAAAAAAUAAACCAUUUUUAAAUGAA